AUGACUCUUGAUCCGCCAGAGGGCGAUUGGCCUUCCUUCAAGACCCUAGCCGAUGUCAUGACUUUUGCUGGUUUGACUGGCGAUCCAGCUGACAAGGAUACCCUGGCGGGAUCUUUAUGCUUUCUUCUAGGCUCUGAUGGCAGUGAUCAUCCCAGAGUGUUCGCCUUGAUUCCUGAGGAUGACUUCUCUAAGCUCUUAGAGAAAUGGAAGGUCCCCGCUAUGGCAGCUGGCUCAUUGGUUCUGCAGGACCCGACUCCUCGUCAGGCUGGACAGGGCGCGCUGGUAGGAAGGACAUGCCGAGUUGUGGUUGGUCUUAAGCCCACCGCUGCGAGUGCUCCCGUCGCCGUUGCGUCAGCGUCCCUCACCACACUCCAUUCCUUGUUCCUGAGUGGCAGGGCUCCCUACACCGACAUGGCAGUUUGGGGGCCGUACCAUCACCGCCUGGCCAAGAAGAUCAGGCUGAAGGGCAUCAGGCUCAACUCCCAGGGCGAGAUUGUGCCGGUGGAGAUCAACGGCCCGGCGGACUUCGAGGCCUGGCGCGAGAGCUACAGUGUCUUUAGAACCGGCUGCAUCAUGUUCGGCCAGAUAUCGCCGGCUAGAUUGGACUGCUAUGAGCACCAUAUUCGAUCCUACCACGAGCGAUAUGGACGAGGUUGCUGGGCUCUCUUAUAUCAAGCUGAUGUCCGAGCCAGGCUAGAACUGGCGGAGAGACUCAGGCGACAGGGCAAAGAGGAGCAUGAUUGCGCCGUCGCGGCUGGGGGGUCUCACCCUUUUGACCCCAAGAUCCCUUGGGAGUGGGUGUGGAACAUGAUCGUCAAGGACCACGCGUUUUGGCAUCGUGAGCUUGAGGAGCCGGCCUUGCUCAUUCUGGCCAAGACUCAGAAGACCUCGCAAUUGGUGGGCGCGGAUGCUCCGGUGGAGGUGCCGGGGAACUUGGGAGCGGAUCGGCCCACUCGAACCCAACCAAGCGUAAGCGCGAGGACAAUGUCAGGCAACACUUGA